AGUAACAGCUGAUUAACUUUUUAUAAUUCUCUUCGGGCCGGUGAUAAAAAGUCUUAAUUCGCAAUUUUAAUAGAUAGUCUUUCAAAUAUGUAUCGUUUAAUUCUACGUUCAAUUUGUAGACCUGGUGCUAUUCGUCAAAGUAAUAUGGGGGUCUUUACCUUAUGCGUAACACAAGCGCAAAAUUUUACUUAUUUUCAACAUUUUGGGCCGAAACCUCCAAAUAGAAAACUUCUAGACGGGAAGAAGUUCCAUUCGCCACUAUGUCAAUGUGAAAAUCGUCGCAAUAUGUUUAUUCAAACACAAGACACACCCAAUCCUGAUAGUCUCAAAUUUUUGCCUGGUUUAGAUGUACUUGGCAAAGGUAAUACCUACGAUUUCCCCAGUGUUUCUGCUGCUUAUUGUAGUCCCUUAGCUAAGCUACUUUUUCGCAUUGAGGGUGUGCGUGCUGUCUUUUUCGGGGCCGAUUUCAUAACAAUAUCGAAAGACGAGGAUGCAGAUUGGGCUGUUGUUAAACCGGAAGUGUUUGCGGUAAUAAUGGAUUUUUUCGCCAGCGGCCUACCCAUACUUAACGAAACGAAACCUAAUUCGGACACUCAAAUUGAAGACGACGAUGAUGAUGUUGUCAUGAUGAUAAAAGAGCUACUAGAUAGCCGCAUAAGACCAACCGUACAAGAGGAUGGCGGUGAUAUUAUUUACAUGGGUUAUGAAGACGGAGUAGUUAAAUUAAAAAUGCAAGGAUCCUGCUCCUCCUGUCCUAGUUCCAUUGUUACGCUUAAAAAUGGCGUGCAAAACAUGUUACAAUUCUAUAUACCUGAAGUGGUGUCAGUUGAACAAGUUUUUGAUCAAGUCGAUAAAAUUACAGAAAAGGAAUUUGACAAAUUUGAAUCCCAAAUGAAACUAAAGGAAACAUCACCAACAAAUGAAACGAACGCUUAAAUUACACAAAUAUACAUUACAAUUGUGAAAUAUGGUAUGUAAUGCAUGUACAUAGUAUAUAUGUAUGUAGGAAAAUGCUCAUGUACAAUGGUCGUUGAAGUUAUAAAUUUAAAUAAAGGUAAAAGUAACUUGCAA